AUGGGUGACCCGUCGCCGAUUGCCGGACGUUUAGGGAAAAGAUGUGUUGUUUUCGGUUGCAGCAACACCAACAAAGAUGGAGUUUACCUUCAUUUCUUUCCAUUGAAGAAUAAUGAUGUUUGUAGAAAGUGGAAUUCAUUUGUAACAUCGAAAAGGAAGAACUGGGCCGGAGCCACCAAACAUUCAGUAAUUUGUUCGAAACAUUCCGACGAGUCCUGUUACCCGGCGAAGUACAAGAUCAUGGAAAGUUUAGGCCAGUCAGUCCGAAGAAAGGACCUGCUUCCAGAUGCUGUUCUAUCUAUACACGCUUCAGAACCAAACCCGAUGUCUAAUAUUACAGAGACGCCAAAGAAACAAAGAAUGGCUUUUACUAAGAGAGAAAAUGCUAGGAUACUGUCACAGCAUUUCCAAGCAACAGAACUGAUGGAGAUUGACCAAGAUGUUGACUACGGUUCCAAUAAUACCAUGGUGUGCGGUAUGGAGAGUGACAACUCAACACCACAUACACCAUCAGGAUCAACAACAGCUUUAACAAGAACCUAUGGUUGCCAAGUAGGUUUGAAGAAGCCAGCAAGAAGGUCAAAGAAAAUACAAACAAGUUUUAAAACUCAUAACCAAAUAUGUCAGACGACAUCCAAUGAAUGCAAGUCUGUGGCCAUCCAGUGUGAUAUUAUGAAACCAGAACAAACGUCAAACACCAACAUGUGCGAGGACCACAAUCUUACUUUUGAUCAUGACGGCACAGAGGACAAUGGAGAUCAGGAUGACGAUAGUCCCCAAGAAGACUUGUUUGACAGUUUAUUUAAUGCGUCAUUUCAGAGUGAAGCAGAUGAAGAUGUUGACUGUGAUAGCGACAUAGAUGAUGAAAGGGAUGAAGGAAGAGACAGAAUGUUUUUGGUUAACAAAUCAGAACUCCUAAAAUUAAUUUCAGCAUGA